AUGAAGAAGCUCAAGAACUAUUAUAUGCAUUUGAGGCACCCACAAUCAAUGGAGAGAAAAUGGAUCUUCCCAUUAGCAAUUGGUUCAAUUUUCUCAUUGUUUCUUCUUUUCUUAACAACCUUAACCUCGCCGAAUGUCGGGCUGCAAUUCCACCGGUAUUUCUCCUCCUCCUCCGCCGCCACCACCACCACCACCACGUCUAUUUUUGUGGAGUCUAAGCUCCGGCCUAUCCCAAUUUCCAGCCUCCCUUCUCUACCGCGAUUGGCAUACUUAAUAUCUGGCUCCGCCGGCGACGGUGCCAUGCUCCGCCGUACCCUCCAGGCUCUCUACCACCCGUACAACCAGUAUGUAGUCCACCUAGACGCGGAGUCCACAGCCGAGGAACGCCUAAAUAUGUAUAAUUAUGUAAAAACCCAUCCUGUUUUUGGGAAAUUUAAGAAUGUUCGGAUGAUUACCAAGGCUAACUUGGUGACUUACCGCGGGCCAACAAUGGUGGCGAAUACACUACAUGCAUCAGCCAUUUUGCUGAAGGAAGGUGGAGAUUGGGAUUGGUUUAUUAAUCUCAGCGCUGCUGAUUACCCACUGGUUACUCAAGAUGAUAUGCUUAAUGCAUUUUCGUACUUGCCGCGGGAUCUUAAUUUCAUUGAUCAUACAAGUGAUAUUGGCUGGAAAGAGUUUCAAAGGGCAAAGCCAAUUAUAAUUGAUCCAGGGCUCUACAUGACAAAGAAAUCUGAUGUGUUCUGGAUUACGCAGCGAAGAAGUGUGCCAUCAGCAUUUAAACUCUUUACCGGAUCUGCUUGGAUGGCACUCUCUCGACCGUUCAUCGACUACUGCGUAUGGGGAUGGGAUAACUUACCACGAACAGUCCUCAUGUACUAUGCUAAUUUCUUAUCCUCUCCAGAAGGCUAUUUCCACACCAUCAUCUGUAAUGCUCAAGAAUUUCAGAAUACAACUGUGAACAGUGACCUACAUUUCAUAUCGUGGGAUAAUCCUCCGAAGCAGCAUCCCCACUACCUUACUGUUGAUGACAUGAAAAGAAUGGUCGACAGUAACACUCCAUUUGCUAGAAAGUUUCACCAUGAAGACCCAGUGCUUGAUAAAAUUGAUUCUGAACUCCUGUUUCGUGGUCCAGGCAUGCUCACUCCAGGUGGGUGGUGCAUAGGUAAUGGGGAAAACGGGACAGAUCCAUGCUCGGUUGUGGGUAAUAUAACAGUUCUCAGGCCUACUGCAGGUGCAAAGAGACUAGAAAAUCUUAUUAGGUCUUUAUUAUCGGAAGACAAUUUCCAUCCAAGGCAGUGCAAAUAG